AUGAUGGAAUACAUCAAACGCGAACACGAACUUUCCAACGUGGUCAUCGUAUCCCCCGACGCAGGAGGUGCGAAGAGAGCAGCUGCAAUAGCAGAUAGACUAAAAGUCGACCUCGCCUUGAUUCACAAAGAGCGCAAGGUAGCCAACCACGUCAGCAGGAUGAUCCUCGUCGGCAACGUAACAGGGAAAGUUGCCAUCCUCGUCGACGACAUAGCGGAUACCUGCAGGACGCUCGCGACGGCUGCGCAGGUUCUCGUUGGCGCGGGCGCAGUGCAGUGUCUGUCUAUUAUCACUCAUGGGUUCCUGAGUGGCGAGGCUGUUAAACAGAUCGAGGAGAGCUGUUUGAGUAGUCUUGUUGUUGCUAAUACGUUGCCCCUGCCGGAGAAUGCCCGGGGGUGUGCGAAGAUUCGGACGAUGGAUGUUUCUUAUACGCUUAGCGAGGCUAUUAGGAGGACGCAUAAUGGGGAGUCGUAA